AUGCCGGAUGGCACGGAGCGCCCCAUUUCUUUUGCCUCCAGGUCUUUGACCUCAGCAGAACAAAACUACUCCCAGAUUGACAAGGAAGCUUUGGCCAUUGUAUGGGCCACAAAAAAAUUUCACGCGUACGUCUAUGGUCGGGAGUUCACACUUAUCACUGACCACAAACCUCUGUUGUCAAUACUGAACCCUCAGAAAGGAAUUUCUACAACAACCGCAUCUCGCUUACAAAGGUACGCUUUAUUUUUAGGAGCUUAUGCUUAUUCGAUCAGAUACCGCUCCCAUGAUACCCAUGGCAAUGCAGAUGCAUUUUCCAGAUUGCCACUAAGAGAUGACCACCCACUAAGAGAGGUACGUGUAGUGGAAGUACACAGGCCACAAUCUUGCAUGUCCACCUCCCUGAUUGCCAGGCAUACAGCCACAGAUCCUUUCCUGUCUCAGAUAUUCUCUUAUGUUCAGACUGGAUGGCCAGGGAGUGUUUCAGGUGACUUUCGUCCGUACUUUGCCAGAAAAUGUGAGCUUGUGACUAAUGCUGGUUGCCUACAAUGGGGCAAUAGAGUGAUUGUACCCCAGUACUUGCAAUCAACCAUGCUAAGGAUACUGCAUGAAGGCCAUCCUGGUGUGGUGCGCAUGAAGCAGCGGGCCCGGAGCUAUGUUUGGUGGCCACAAAUGGAUACAGCAAUUGAAGAUUAUGUUGCUCAAUGUCCUGGGUGCUGUCAAGCCCAGCGACCCCAAAAGAGAGGAACCCUGCAACCUUGGCCAUGGCCAACAGAACCGUGGUCCAGACUCCAUCUUGAUUUUGCUGGCCCCAUCCAGGGAAAAAUGUAUUUGAUCGUGGUAGAUGCACAUUCAAAAUGGCCGGAGGUUUUUCAAAUGCCUUCUAUUACCUCAGUUGCUACCAUUCUAGUCUUAAGGAAGCUCUUUGCUCAAUUUGGCUUGCCUACAGCCAUAGUCUCCGACAAUGGAACUCAAUUUACAUCGCAUGAGUUUCAAUCCUUCCUUAGUGGUUUGGGUGUCCAACACUACAAAACAGCUCCUUAUCAUCCAGCUUCAAAUGGGCUGGCAGAACGAUUUGUGCAGUCAUUUAAGAAGCACUUACUGUCCACUCUGGACCAGGUUGGACUGUCAGAAGAGAAGCUGCUGGAAUUCUUGAUCAUGUACCGUACCACGAAACACGCUACUACUGGGCUGUCACCGGCUUUUCUUAUGUUUGGCAGGCAUCUCCGCACCAAACUUGAUUUAGUUCGUCCGCAGGAGCAGUCACCAACACCUCCUCCGCCGGGCCGUCUGGGAUUCCGUGCCGGUGAUCUUGUAUGGUCUCAGAAUUACAGAGCUUUGCCUCCUUGGCUUCCUGGCGUUAUUGAUGGAACUCUUGGCAGAAGAAUGUAUCUUGUCCGCCUGGAGGAAGGCAUUUGUGUUCGGCGACACCUUUCACAAUUGAGGAAACGCAUUUGCCGGCCACUAGUGACGACACCGACCCUUCUUUCUGACCACCCACCAGAGUCUACUCUGAACUCUGCAGAUGACAUAUGGCAUGGUGUCUGGCAUGAUCCCACAAGUUUACACCCAAACCCUGAACCGGUUGGUGACCAUAUUCCUGAGGAGCCCGGACAUGUGCCUGAAGUUACAGAGACUGAUUUGUCUGUGGGACGCCCACUGACAUCUCCAGUACCUUUGACUGACUUUAUUCCUCCCGGUGCUGUACCUCUGCGUAGGUCUACCCGUCAAAGACGUCAAACGCCUCGCUGGCAAAGUGCUGAAAUCUUACGGGACACAUUGGAGGUCAGGGAACAGAGACAAAGGGCUCAUGAAGUGCUGCGGAAAUCACAGAACUGGAUUGGAGAUACUACUUGCUGA